CGCUAAGCCUCGAUGUUCUACUGCAGGUGAGUUUGAGCAGUGUUGUUGUGGAGUACAGCAAGCGUGGGUUAAUUCUAAAGCAAGGAACACUAGUUUGAGGAACAACACUAGUUUGGGGACUCGCGACUCAUGCGCGAACUUCUCCACAGGAACUGUCGCAGGAAGUGAGCAGUCAGUAUCCUACUGCAUCUUCACCCCAGCACGGGUAUUCAGAAGAACCACCCCACCAGACCAAGACGAUGCUGCUGCAGGAGAUCAUCCACAUAUUAGUACCACAGCAGGAGCUCAAGAUAGUUGUACCUCCGCGACAGAGAAGAUGAAGAGAAAGAACGACGAUUUUUUUGAUAGUAG